UCCUAUGCAAAAAGAGAAAAAACAAAAAGUGCUCUGCAGCAGCUUCCCCAACAACAGAUGAAAAGUUUCCUGGAGGUGUGUAGGUGUGUGUGUGUAAGGGCCAGGCGUGUGUAUGUGUCCCUGCUGAUUGUGCGUGUGUGGGUGCGCGCACAACAAAAAUAUAAAUAAAACACACAAACAGCAGCAGAAGCAGCCGCCUAAGACGUCCUCUUAGUAGUCGAAGUCAUCCUCAAUGUCAACGAGACGAAGUUGAUAAAAAGUGAAAAAAAAGGCCUUUUAAUUGCUGCUGCAGUCAAUAAAUCAUCAAACGAAAAAAUGAAAGUAUCUCAGGAAUUUGAAGUAUAAAAUUAGAAUCACAUACAGGCGCACACACACGCACGAACAACAGGAAAAAGAUACAAAAUAGCCAAAGAGAUACAUUGAUUUCACGAUGGAGAGUAAGCUGGAGCUCCCCAUUUCCUGCGUUCCAUAUGCCAGCAGCAGCAGCAGCAGCAGCAACAACAACAACACGACAUACUGGGGAUGCUGUGGGGGCGCACAAAGAGAGUAAUUCUCCCACUGCACUCGCUCUCUCUCUCACUGGUUCUGUAUUGCUGCACUCUCACUGUGUUCUCUUUCGUCGCUCUCAAAGAGAAAUUUCAUUCCUGUUUUGCGUGUCGCUGGUAUCGGUUGGUGUUCCCGGUACGCGCGGAUAAUUGAAAUUUCGAACCCGCCAAAGCAAUAAGAUCGUCUUUUUUACUUUAUGCGGGAGAUACGGCAAAAAGAAGAAGACUACCUAAUGCGUGUGAAUCUGUGUUUCAAUCAACAACAACAACAAUAACAAUAGUGAAGCGGAUGAUGAUGAUGAUGGUGUUUAUUGUGUUUUUGUUGUGAUAGUGUCUGUGUGAUAGUGUAUGAAAGAGGCACCAGCAGGAUAUUCGGUGGUGUUCCUUGUCCCUGUGCAACAUUAUGUGAAGUGCUCAAUUAAAUGAAAGUAGAUACAUAGAUACACACAUACACACACACGCAUACACGCUCCUGUAAAUGCAGAUGGGAACUAUGAAAUAUUGACAUGAAGGGCACAAUGUACGCAGGCCAAACAAAAAACUAAAAAGACUCCAGAUAGGGUUACAGAUGUCCUAAACCAACACAUACAUAGAUACACUCACACACAUACACACACUCACUCACCUAAAUAAAAAGGAUACCAUAGAUAGGACGUUGCAUGUAACUGAAACUGGAUCCAAAGAAGGCGCGCUCCUUUGGUCGCACCACCACCAACAACAACAACAGCAACAGCAACAACAAAAGCAUAAGACAUCGUAUUUGCUGCGACAACAACAAAGCGAAUGUGCAGCUAAUGCUAAUACCAGAGGCAACAAUAGCAGCCACAACGAAAAGAAGUGAGGCAGGUGCAACGUGCAGCAGUUGCACAGGAAGCGCACAGGACAAGGGAAACGACGAGAGACAGCGUUGUCAGCGAUAAAAAAGAAACUGACAACGAAAUAUUAACGACGAGCCAAGACAAGAGCGGCAACAUCAGCGACGACCACAAUAGACCACGAGCAUGACGUCGUCGUCGGUGAUUAAUAAUACAGCCGGAAAUGUGAUUGUACUCAUAGUUAACCUACAACUAAUAUGGCUAUCAUUGGUAAUGGCCAGGGAGCUGCCGCAAACGGAUUACGGCAGUCUGUCCGCCUCGAUGGAGGAUGAUGUGAUUGAUCCACUGACAGCAGUGGCCCCCUUCUCCAACACCCUAGUCACCGAGGAUAGUGCGGCCCAGAGAACGAACAUCGAAUCUCUGGGCACAAGUAGUGAAGAUGAAAGUGCCAAAUCAGGUUUGAGUUCCUCAUCCUCCAGUGCCGGCGGUGGCUCUGGCACAUUGCUCGAAGAGUUCAAUGGCGGCAAACUGAAUCCGGCUGAGGCCAGCAAUACCUUGCCCAUCUUUCUCAGUGAACCGGAGAGCGUUUUUGUGGUCAAGAAUCGACCAGCUGUUCUCAAAUGCAAGGCAUCGCACUCGCUGCAGGUCAUCUUCAAGUGCAGCGGCAGUUCCCAGCCGCCACCUUCGACGCAUGACAAGCACGUGGAUCCACACACCGGAGUACAUAUGGAGGAGGUUACGGCCACAAUUCAUCGCGAUCUGGUCGAUGAGUAUUUCGGCAAGGGACCCUUCAAAUGCGAGUGCCACGCGUGGUCCUCGCGUGGUGUGGUCAAGAGUCAGGCGGCCACUGUGCACAUUGCAUAUAUUCGCAAGUCUUUUAGCCAGUCACCGACUUCGUUGCGCCUGGAGCUGGGCAUCAGAGCGGAAUUGCAUUGCGAGCCACCGGGCGGUUUUCCGGAACCGAAACUCACCUGGCAUAAAAAUAAUGCCAUCGUAACGGACAGUGAGCCAGGAAUAAGUGUGGCUGGCGGUACUCUUACCUUUCGUCAGGUUUCACUCCAACACAUGGCCAACUACAGUUGCAGUGCUGAGAAUAUUGCUGGCAAGCGUGUCUCGGAUUCGGCAGUGCUGAUUGUCUAUGUGAACGGUGGCUGGAGCGCCUGGAGUCCUUGGCGCGAUUGCAAAUGCGCGGGAAAACCCAGCCAGGGACGAAAACGGUCGCGAGCCUGCACCAAUCCAAUGCCCUUGAACGGUGGCGCUCAAUGUUCAGGUCCGCAGAUACAAAAGUCGGCCGACUGUGCCGCGUGUCCAGAGGACACUCAAAUUGUGAGCACUGAUGGAUUUGACAUUUCGUCGAGUAAGCGCAUUGCUCGUUGGUCCGCAUGGAGCGAUUGGAGCAUCUGCUCCAUGGAAUGCAUACAAGUGCGUCGCAGAAAGUGCCUAACGCAGACCACUACAGAGGCGGUAGAUGAAGACGGCGAGUUAAUGGGUGUGGGAGCCGCAGCUCUCAGUAGCAGCAGCGGCGGCAACAAUGCUGGAGAUGGAGGCGUCGGCGGCAGCUCCAUCGAUUCGAAUGACGGUGGGCCAGGAUAUGGCAAAUCAUUGUGCGCCGGAAAAGACAUACAAACGGCCGAAUGCCGUGGAGAACAGUGUCAGAUUGGCAAGGAUGAUUUCGAUUGGACACUCUACUUGGGUCUGGCCUUCAUCACAGCCGUUUGCUUUGCCUUUGGCGCCGCUCUAAUCUGCUGUGCUCGACGUGGCAUACGGGCAAAUCCACACUACAAUAUGGCCCGAUCAGUUAUGGAUGCGGAUUAUAUGCCCGGCGUGGUGGAAAAGAAAGAGAUGCGCAUGCACAUUGAGGCAAGCAAUCUGGGCUACGAUUAUGUCAAUCCCGGACAUCGUUAUAUGCCGGGCGAGCAUUUGAUGGGCGUCGGUGUGGAUGUGGGUGUGGGCAUGGUAUGCGGCGGUGUUACAGAGCAUCACUAUGAUGUACCAAAUCUGGCAGCCAAUUAUACCAACCCCAUUGAUGAUUUAAGCGCCGAUUAUCUGUCUGAGACGGGAGAAUCAUCCACUGCGGAUACCUCCAACUCUACCUUCGAUAUGAAUGCCAAGCUGUCCAUCUUGAAUGCCUCGAAGAGCAUCAGUUAUGAGCUUCUAGGCAGCAAUGGCGGACAACUGCGUCUGUACAAUGGAGAACUGUUGCUUUUUGUACCCGAAAUGGCCAUCAGUAAGCACCUGAAAAAGCAUGUCUCCUUGUCGCUUUUGAGUGAUGAGAGUAGUCGUGUUACCUGUGCCACAGAAAGUUCCAUUCUCUGCAGCAGUGUGGUCCACACUGCGCCGCGCAACUACAGCUUUGUAAGGCCCGUGAUCCUAAAGAUUCCGCACUGUUUAAUUGCACCGGAACAGUGGCAUGUGCACAUCUAUCAUGCGGACAACGAGCACGACGAGCUGAAUGUGAGUUGGCGCCGAGCGGUGUCCGUGGGCGAGGAGACCAUCAAUACACCAGUUUACGUGCAAUUGGAGCCGACGCAUGUGUACAUCAUGACAGAGCAGUUGGGUCACUUCGCCAUCGUGGCGGAGCCGCGUAUUCAGCAGCCCGCCAUAAAAAUGAAACUGUUGGCCUUUAGCCAGCAUACACCGCCCAGUAGUGCCAACUGCAGUCUCCGCAUCUAUGUGGUGAAGGACUUUCCCAACAGCAAGGACAUUUGCGCAAAUGUGGAGAGCAAACUCGGUGGCAGUUUCCUGGGCGAGAGCGAGGUCUUUCCCUUUGUGCUCAACAGUCUGAACCUCAAUAUACGAGUGCGUUGUGCGGAUGUGGAGACAUCUGCCCCGUACGAACAUGCCAUUCCCUACCAGCACAUUCUGAGCAACAAUCUGUUGCACUGUGAGUUCAUUCUCCGUCGUCAGGAUCAGCACACCCUGUGCGUGGAUUUUGGCCAGGGCAGUGAGGAUGGCUCGGAUUGCUAUACGUUCAGUGUUCCUGCUCAGCCACUCUGUGAGUCUGGAGAGGAGCUGGAGCUGGCUUCUACCACCAAUACAACCAUCUCCAUCGAUCGGCAGGGCAACUAUGUGAAUGAGAGCUGUGUGAUAGACUUUGUCCAGUUGCCACAUGCCACCAAGCGACUGAUAUGCGCUGCUCUUGAUCCGCCCCGAGCAGAUGAACGAGACUGGCGGCUGCUGGCAAAGAAACUAAACACCGAUCGGUAUAUUGCCUAUUUUGCCACAAAGCCAUCGCCCACCGAACAAAUUCUUAAUCUGUGGGAAUGCCGCACCAAUAGCUCGUCCGGUAAUAGUUCCAGCUCUGUGUCUCAUGCAAUUAUGACGCUCCUGCUGACGCUCAAGGAGAUGGGACGGCAGGAUGUCCUGGACAUCAUUGUGGAGACAAUUGGCCCUCUGUGGAUAUAAGGCGGAAGAAGAAGUAUAAGUGGGAUAGUAUUAGGAGAAUCACCCAAAAGAGUAUUUGGGUUUCUCGCAAACAAACAAAAUGUUCAUGAGUUGCCUUUUAUUUGAAAAAUGUUUGAACGACGCAAUGAGACAAAAUCCGAGAAAAUGAAAAAUGGAAUCGAAAAGUAUAUUAAUUAUGAAAAAUCAAAGUGUAGAUGUAGUCAUAUAAACUCGUAUAUAGUUAGUCUACAGUCACUAAAGAUUGACUGGCAGUGACUGUGUUCUAAGGAAACUUGCUCAACGAACUCUGUUCCCCAUGGGUGCCAUGCAUUUUUAUACACUAAGUAAAGUUUCUUGUGGCUUAGUAAACUUAUAGUUUUAAACACACUAUUACAACUAAACGAAAAACAAAACUGUAGCCCUAGUGAGUACAAUAUUAUUUAUGUAUUAUGUAUAAAUAGGAUCUAAACAAUAUUAUGAAUACACUCAAACACACAAUCUUCGUAUAUAACUCAAUGGCCCAGGAAAAUUCACAAGAAUGGAAAGUUGUGAACUAAUUGCCAAAUCGUUGAAUCUUUCAGCCAACUCUAGUUAUAGCAUUAAAAACCAAACAAACGAAAACGAAAACGUAAAGAGAAGAACAUAUUAACUAAACUAGAAGAACCCGAAAACACAAAUUCAUACACACACACAAACAUAUAUACCUUCUCAUUUACAUAACCCAUAUAUACAUUUAUAUAUAUAUACAUAUAUCUAGUGUAUGAUCCUAGCCGAUAGUCACAAACAAAAAAAAAAAAACGAGUAGCUUGUUAGACAUACUCAAGUGAUAACCUUUGUAUUUGUCCCUAGUUCUAAGCCAAAAUCCUGUCGUUUAAGCGUUAAUCGAAACAACAACAACAAAUUGUAAUCAAUACCAAUAUAAAUUAGUGGCCCAAAUUACCAAUUACCUACAAAAUUUAAGGACACACUAUGAAAAUCAAAUGGAACCACAAAUCAAGAAAUCAAAAACGAAUUACAUCAAAUACAUACAUAAAU